AUGCUCUGCGACCUGCUUGCGCCAGACUUCGGGGCGCGGGUGUUGAAUCGCUCAGAGGAGAUACCAAGGGUGCUGCUGCUGAACGAAUGCACGAGCUGCGGCGCCACGUUGCAGCAUUUCGAGGUGCCGCUGGGGCAUCGGGCGGCGCGCUGCUUUCGACAGGUGAGGUCCAUCUUCGAGGCCGCGUCGUUGGAUGCCACCGGCGCCCUACGUGGCAUCACCUCAGGGCACGAACGUUUUCGGGUGCUGCAAUUUGCGAAAGCUUGCUACUGGAACUCGAUGGGCGCCCACUUGUUUUGGGUACUGCUGAUGCACCGUACCCUGCUGGGCGAGCCCAAACUGGGCGACUCACACCAUGCGAUGCUGACGUGUUUGCCCACGGCCUGUAGUGAAGCGGUGCUGUCGCAGUGGCUGGCGCCCACGUUCAUUCACUCUGGAACGCUCGAAGGCAUUGUCCGACUGCAGAAGAGCUAUUUGGAUUACUCCUGUCAGGGCGCCAGCCACGUGUCGCUGCACCCGCGCCACGCCUUCCCAGCCUCCUCGGAUCGAAACUUCCGAAAGGAGGUGGCAGCGAGUGGCAAGCUGCCGCCGUGGCCCAUGUGGUUCCUGCAGCCGGAACCCAUCGGGGCCAAAAUCUUUGGGCCCUCGGUGCUCUUCGCCACGUUGCCCCAGCCGCAGCCGAAACCGCUGCGGCCGAGCAGUGAAGGGCAGGGAGGCGUCGCGGUGCUCUUCGCCGGCUCCUGGCGCUACGAGGAACGCACCCUGGCCUCGCUGGCGCGGCACAUGGUGCGGCCGCUGAGCGCCACGGUGCUCUGCGCGCUGAGCGGAGGCGGUGGCAGCGGCUGGCGGGAACGGCAGCGGAUGAAGAAGUUCUUCCCUGCCCUGGCAGGCUUCCGCUGGCUGCGGGACCUCCGGGACACGGAGCUGCGCAAGGCCAUCGCGCCCAAGGCGCUGCUGCUCUACGAGACCUUUGGGGGCGGUGCCAUCUCGCCACUGCGGCGGAACAAGUUGGGUGGGCAGCUGCAUUCCCUGCGGAAGAUGCAGAUCGUUUGGCAAAUGACGAAGAGCUACGAGCGCAAGCGCCGGCGCCGCUUCCGUUGGGUGAUAUACAGUCGCCUGGACCUCAUUUGGGUGGCGAAUCAUCCGCCUUUGCAUCUCUUGGAGCCUCCAAACACCAUCUGGACGGUACCACUGGCGGCGGCGCAAGGGCACAAGGAGGGCUUUUUUGCGAUGAACGACUGGCACGGCACGGUGCCGCGGCAGUGGGCGGAGGCGUACUUUGGGCGCUGGUGGAUGCUGCGAAAGGGCGUCAUUUGGCAGCCCUACCUGGAACCAGAGGAACUUCUCGCCUCGGUGUGUUUCUGGCUGGAGAUUCCCGUGGGCUUCUUCGACGCCGUCUUCAGUCUCAGCGGCUGCCGCAAAUGGAGCUGCAACUUGGUCGAAGAGCCCAGAGGCCAGUUCGAGUUCCGCGAGCAGCCUCAGCGCUGGCGUUUGCCGCACGACGUGCCGGUGCUGCGGCAGCGGGCACAGCGGCUGCGCGAGGGGGCGGUCUGGGAGAGAGCCGGCGAGCGAACGCUGGAGAUUCGCGAGAAAAAACACGGGGCGCGUGGAGAUUUGGACGUGAUCAUUUUCAGCUGGACCGAGACCGGCCGGGCGAUGGGCGAUGCUGGUGACGGAACUGCGCUGCGUCCUUCCCAACUCUUUGGGAGAGUCCUUGCUGGGCGAAGAUGCAAGGUUCGACAGAUGUGGCUGGUUUCCAUCCUUGCGGGGGGUGGACCUUUGGCCCCUUUGGCCGCCCCGGAGGUGUGCUGGAUGCUGGCGCCUGCGGAUCGAGGCGGGGCGUGUGCAGGGCCAAGGUGUGCGCAGGGCCACCAGGUAUCGCUGUUGGCUGCCUGUGUGUCCCAUCCAUCUCCUGGUCUCCUUGAACGCCGCCGUUUUUCAAGGGGAUUGCCUGGAGGCAGGGAUUGGGCCAAGGAGAAUGCCCUGCAGCUGGCGCCCGCCUGGCUGCGUCGACGCACGGUGGAACGCUGGGAGGUGGAACCUGAAGAAAGGUCCGGUGGCAACAGCGUCACCACGGUGUACUACUGUUUAUCCAUUCAGCUGGAAGCGGCAGGGCCGCUGGGGCUUCUGCUUCGGCCUCUACUGCCCCUGCUGUCCUUCCGCCUUUGUGGCUCCGCGGCGCAUCAAGUGGCGAUGAAGUGGCUGAAGCGGCACUGGCAGGUGCUCCUUCAACGCCAUGCGGCAUCUCCCGCGGCACCUGCGGCGCCCGAGAAAAGCCUUGGCUUCCCUUCGUGUUCCCCAAAGCCUUGCGAAGAGCCUCCAACGCCGCAAGGACGAGACCCGAGUGCCCGUGCUGCAAAUGGCCUGAGCAUCAGCACCGAUGGCCCGGGGGAGAUGGACUCGGCGCAGAACAGCCCCAUGGAUGCUGAGGUGCUUCUUCCGUCGUCCAAGGGAAUGCCGUUCCACAAUGGAUUCCUCUACAAGUUGGGGGAUGGUAUCCUAAACACCACUUGGAACCUGCGCUACUUCCUGCUGAUUGGUCAAACCCUGCAGUACUACCGUUCUCAGCAUGAAGCCCGACCCAGAGAUGCCAUCAAUCUGAGUGGCGUGACGGUGGAAUGGCUGCGGGAUCAGAGUCGACCCUUCAGCUUCACGGUCAGCAAGAGUGGUUCCCGAUCCUACUGCCUGUCCGGCUGCACGGAACAAGAGGCCUCAGAAUGGAUGGAACGCAUUCAGGCUGCCAGCAAGAUCAACCAUACCUCGGUGACAACGCCCAGCAGCAGGCGUCCGUAUCACGGUUCACCCUCCGAACUGCCGGAACUCGCGCAGCCGGCGGCCAGCACCUGGCAGGAGGCGAAGAUGAAGGAGUGUAGCCAGGUCCUCACGCAAGCGCUGCAGCAUCGCGGUUUCCGCUUGCGCGAACUGCGCCAUGGCGUGCGCAUCCUGGAACCUGCGGCAGAUCCUCCCACGCAGAAGCGUCGAUGGAAGGUGAGAUUUGCCCUACACUUUUUGAUGGCCAUGCUGCUGUAUUGCUAUGCCGGGUGGCUAUGGGCUUGCAUCACGCUUGGCGUCUUCGUCCUCGCCUUCCGCCCGCGAGGUGAGCCACCCCUUCUGGUGGCUGCAGCCUGUUUGAAGCACAGCGCGGACGAGAUCAAAGAGGCGCUGGGUGAGCACUGGAGAUUUCAGGAGUGGCAGCCUCAGCACUUGCAUGCGCAAGCGCUGUCGUUACUCCCCAGUCGCGACGAGGUGCUGCGCCUUCGAUUUCGAGUGCUAGGUGGCAGCCGCAGCAUUGAGCUGAGACGAAGGUGGGCGCGCAGCGAAGGAAAUGGACGGCUGCUGCUGUCUGUGGAGGAGUUGCAACAGGGCGAUGUCCGUGAAUUCGAAGGCUUUGCCAUUCAGCCGCUAGAGGAAGGCUGCGCAGUGCUAUGGCUGUGCUGCUUUGACCUUUUACCCUGGGUACCCUGGGCUCCUCGCAUCGUCCGUGAAGAGCUCGUGGUGCGCAGAAUUUCGGCUCUGGCGGCCUUCCGCGAGUGGUUGCCGUGGAGUCGCAGGACUGGACCAAAGAUGUCCAUGGGAAGGAUGGAGCAGAGGCUGAAUACCAGCUUCAGCAGGAGCGGCGCAAUGCUCAAAGACAGCUUGCAGCUUCAGGUCCUGCCCAUGUUGCUCCGGCCCUUCCAACGCUCCGUGCGACAGCAAGGCGCAGUGUUGGAAGCGCCCAGAGACGCGGAACGCGCCACACUUUGGGUGGACCUGCUCAUGGAGAUUGGGAGGCAGGCCUUGCGCGGUGGAAAGGAGGUCUUUGUGGUGAGCAGACCCCAUGGAGUCUUGCCACAGACGCUGCUGGGCGACUUCCCGCAGCGUCUCGCGGCACGUUGGGCCUGCGUGGCAACGUUGUGCCCAGGCCCUGCGCCCGAAGAGUCCAAGGAGCGCAUGCUGCGGGUCAUCACCUUCAUGGUCUCUGGACUGCACCUGGCCGCUGCAGCCUUUCCGCACUUGCCCUGGCUGGACUUUGCAUGUGCGCCCGGAAGGCACAGCACGGUGCUGCCAGAGGACUGCACUGCUCAGAUCGACGUGCAGGCGCUUCGCGAGAAGGGCCGUAAAAUGAUUUUGAGCAUGGGGACGGCAGUGGCACACUUCGACGAUCCUCCUUUGAGGUCACCGGUGCCGGACAUCAUUUCCGGCUCCACGGCAAUGAUGAGGUCAGAUGCUGUUUGCACUUCCCUGGGGGCUUUUCCUUCCAAGACACCGGAAGUACCACUGAUUGCGACACUGCUGAUCUCUUUCUUGGCUUUGAGCCAUGCUCAAACUCACACUCACACCGAGGCUGAGGUACUGGCAAAUGCGGCCGCGUCAGUGGACAAGUACUGCUCCACGGAGCUGUCGGAACUGGACCGGGCCGCGGCCAUCGACGAUUUGAAGGUGGGCGCUGGAGAAGAUAAUUUCAUCUACACAGCAAUCAUCGAAGCAGGCUAUGCAAGACAAGAGGGUCAAACUCCCAAAGAGCUUGGUACGACCCUGUCCUUUGGCCGCGGGAGAGGAAGUGAAGCCACCACCACACUUUGGGUGGUGUUGUCGAAUCGUGCGAUGCAGUAUCCCUGCUUGUUGGGUUAA